UAUCAAAUAGUUUCACUCUUAAUUUUGUACUUCUUUUGCGCUAAAUUGAUAUAGUAAAUACGGUCUAAAAACUAUUUUCUUGUGUUUUUCUUCUAUGUUUGUUAUUACAAAAUAAAACAUGUAAAUUAAUUUAUUUGAAUACUGGUUGGUAAUACCCAACGAAGAAAAGACGUCCCCGGCGAAUCCAUGUCCAAAAACGCAGAUGCUCGCCGAUGACAGGCCUUCAUUGACGUUCAACGAAAAACAACUAUUUCGUCUCCACGGUUUUCGUUGCAUCAGAUCCUGUACUUUUUCUUACUCCUAAUUGGGGAUCGAAGAACACAAUUCAAAUCUCAAAGAACAGCAUUUCACAAUUCAGUCAACGAAUGUUUCAGUAUGAUGCCACAGCCUUGAAUUAAGCAAAAAUGCAAUCAACAAUUGGUUCAAGAUGCGGUCGGGCUCGUCAGCUUUUUCUUCUUCGGAGAACGGCAGCCAACAAGAUGACGACGAUUUCGAGCUAUACUAAUACCAGUACUAGUAUUUCUCGCUCAUUUCUCUCACAAAAUUUUGCGGAUGCUUCACCAAGUUCCGGUAGCAGUGUUUUUACUAGACAAUUCUCCGUUCUUCGCCGUGAUCCAUGGGAUGUUUCGAGGAAAUCUACGCAUGUUUUCAAACACUUGAUUGCGUUUGUCUCGGAUUUCUCUCCUACCCCCCUUGAAAAAUCUGGUUCUAUACCUAAAGGGUAUGCUUCAUUCACAACAUCCAGUGGCAAUGCUGCAAUGGGUAUGAAGCAGAACAAAAAAGGGGAGGAGGAAAAAAGUCUCGUUACAAAAGGUGACAAAAUCAAUAAUGCUAAAAUCCUUAGAACACUUGCAAAGUACUUAUGGAUGAAAGAUAACAUGGAGUUCAAACUGAGAGUCCUCACUGCUAUGGGAUUUUUGGUUGGAGCCAAGGUAAUGAUUGUUCAAGUUCCCUUCUUAUUCAAGCUAGCUGUUGAUUGGUUAACAACAGCAACAGGAAACCCUAGUGCACUCUCUGAGUUCACAGCUGCUAAUUCGACAUAUUUAGCUGUUUUUGUGAGUCCAGCAGCUGUGUUGAUUGGUUAUGGAAUAGCACGGACAGGGGCUUCUGCUUUCAACGAGUUAAGGACUGCAGUUUUCUCUAAGGUUGCAUUGCGGACUAUUAGGUCAGUUUCAAGAAAGGUGUUUACACAUUUGCACCAGCUUGAUCUGCGAUAUCAUCUUAGCCGAGAAACAGGUGGUCUAAAUCGAAUUAUUGAUCGUGGUAGCAGAGCUAUUAAUUUCAUCCUCUCAGCCAUGGUAUUUAAUGUUGUACCAACUAUAUUAGAGAUUUCUAUGGUAUCAGGUAUUCUUGCAUACAAUUUUGGAGCACCAUUUGCAUGGAUUACUUCUCUUUCUGUUGCUGCGUAUGUUGCCUUCACGUUAGCUGUGACACAAUGGAGGACUAAAUUUAGGCAGGAUAUGAACAAAGCUGAUAACGAUGCAAGCACUAGGGCUAUUGACUCACUUAUUAAUUAUGAGACUGUCAAGUAUUUUAACAAUGAGAAAUUUGAAGCUGAUGCGUAUGAUAAGUAUUUGAAGCGCUAUGAAGAUGCUGCCUUGAAGACUCAACGUAGUCUGGCUUUUUUAAACUUUGGUCAAACUCUGGUAUUCAGUACAGCUCUGUCAGCAGCAAUGGUACUAAGUUCAAAUGGUAUUAUGAAUGGUGUGGGGACAGUUGGUGAUUUGGUUAUGGUAAAUGGGCUACUAUUCCAGCUGUCUCUUCCACUCAAUUUUCUUGGGAGUGUCUACCGUGAAACUGUGCAGAGUCUUGUUGACAUGAAAUCCAUGUUUCAGCUACUUGAGGAGAGGGCAGAAAUCAGAGAUGAAGAUGAUGCAAAGCCUCUGAAGCUGGAUGGUGGCAGCAUUGAAUUUGAAGAUGUUCAUUUCAGUUAUCUGACAGAAAGAAAGAUUCUUGAUGGUAUAUCUUUUGUUGUGCCAGCUGGAAAAAGUGUGGCUAUUGUUGGAACUAGUGGCAGUGGUAAAUCAACAAUCCUUAGAAUGAUCUUCAGAUUCUUUGACUCUAAUUCUGGAACGGUGAGGAUAGAUGGUCAAGAUAUACGAAAAGUGACACUUGAAAGCCUUAGGAAGCAUAUUGGUGUUGUUCCACAAGAUACAGUAUUAUUCAACAACACAAUAUUCCACAACAUUCAGUAUGGUUGUCUCUCAUCCACCCCUGAGGAGGUAUAUGAUGCUGCUCGAAAAGCAGCAAUUCAUGACACCAUCAUGAAGUUUCCAGACAAGUAUUCAACGCUUGUUGGUGAGCGUGGCCUUAAGCUGAGCGGUGGUGAGAAACAACGAGUUGCAUUAGCUCGUGCAUUCCUGAAAGCGCCUCCCAUUUUAUUAUGUGAUGAGGCAACGAGUGCGCUGGACAGCACAACAGAAGCGGAGAUCUUAAGCGCUUUAAGGUCACUGGCCAAUAAUCGAACCGCAGUUUUCAUCGCUCAUAGGCUUACAACCGCAAUGCAGUGCGACGAGAUAAUAGUUCUGGAGGGUGGGAGGGUUGUAGAACAAGGUCCGCAUGAAGUUCUGUUGUCGAAUGCUGGUGGUCGAUAUGCGCAACUCUGGUCACAGCAAAACACCACCAUUGAUUGAAUUCAAUCCGUCAGAUUAGAUAUAAGAUGGUUCUCCUGUCGUUUUUUACUCAUCGUCUUCGUGCCUACCAGUCUAAAAUAAGGUAAUGCCAGUUUUUGUGUCUAAACUCUAAAAUAAGGUCUGUGAUUUGGGAAAACACCACGCCCGUAAAUUAUUAUUAUAUCAUCAUUUUUUUUCUCCAAUUAACCCCAGCAAACUAAUUGCCAUUUGCACGGGUGAGCCAAAAAACCAACCAUCUGAAAAACUAAGACCCAGCAUAAAACGGAUGGUUUGGUUUCUACUUUUCCAAAAACUGAAAUAUUCUGUUUGGUUUUGGUUUUAUGAGUUACAAAACUGUAAAAAAACUAAUUUAAUAAACUGUUUAUAAAUAUGUUUAAUUUACAAAUAUUAUAUACAAA